ACUUUAACAACAUUUUGUCCUUGAUAAAGCGCAGUAGUUGAUGUUGUUUGCUACAUAGUCAUGUUCCUUCUGAUUUCAGUACUUGUUAACUUGGCUUUGUCAGCUACCUUUGCUAUUUUUCCAGACAUUACAUUGCACGAGUGUGCUCUGACAAAGGGAUGCUUGAGACCCGCCAUGUGUACCGAAUCAUCUUGUGCAUUUCUCGUCACCUGGAAGUUGGUGUCUGUGAAGUCUGAAAAUUACGUGGAGUUUGAGCUUAAAGGAAAUAUUCAGAAAGUCACAGGCUUUAUAGCACUGGCUUUCUCAAAAGAUCAAAGAGUAGGUGACGAUGGGGUUGUUGGUUGUUAUUAUCAAUCAUCAACAAAUGCUGUGAAUAUUCGAGCUGGAUAUAAUGAUAUAGCUGGUAAAACUACGAAUUUUUAUAAUGGACCAGAUGAAGAAUUAUUAAUAACAGACGGUGAGAAUUUAGGUGGUACAUUUAAUGCAAUGGAUGGUACAUUACAGUGUCGUUUUAGACGACGUGUUCGACCACUGGAUACAGUUCAUCAAUUAAUGGAUUUAACAUCACCGAAUGCAUAUCAUUUGAUUGUUACUCGUGGUGUUGAACGUAAAAAAGACGGAUUCGGUCGUCCUUUCGCUGGUGGAGAAUCGGUGUCUCAACGUCCGGUUGUCAUUACUUCACCUAUUUAUGGAAGUAUGACAGGCAUAAUUGGUCGUGGUUCUGCAAUAGCCAAAACUCAUGGAUGUCUUAUGGUAUUAGCUUGGGUAUUAUGCGCUAGUAUUGGUAUUAUACUAGCUCGUUAUUACAAAGAUGUAUGGCCUAAUUCUGGUCUAUUAGGUGAACGUGUCUGGUUUCAAUCACAUAGAAUAUUACAAGGCAUAUGUGUCGGUUUAACGUGUAUUAGUAUAAUUUUGAUUUUCAUCUAUUGUGAAGGCUAUUCACAAGCAACAGCAUAUCCAUAUUAUAUACAUCCAAUACUUGGUUUAAUUGUCUUCUCUUUGGCUUUGAUCAAUCCAAUUAUCGCAUUAUGCCGCUGUAAUCCAGCUCAUGAAUACAGACCUUGGUUUAAUUGGAUACAUUUUUUCAUUGGGACAUUCGCUUAUAUAUUGUCUGUACCAACAAUGAUGUUAGGUUUACGCAUGCCUGCGGCUGGCCUACAACUACAAUUUAUUAAUUAUCCAUUAUGGAUUUUAAUAUUUUUUGUAAUCUUCCAAUUUAUGAUUGAAAUUAUCCUGGAAAUACAUGGAUGUUUCUAUUAUCGUCGAAAUAAAAAUAAGCGUCGGACAUAUGUACUAGAGAUUGAUCAAUAUCAAGCUGCAAAGCGUUUGAACAACGCACGUCAACCAAGACCUCCUGAACCGGAACCUUCUGGUCGCAUGUUCAAAUAUUUCAUAAUUGGACUCCAUGCUACAGUUUGCGCAAUUGUUGCCGUUAUCCUCGUUAUAAUCAUAGCCGUUAAUUAAUAGUUAUUUUCUGUUUAGCUUUUACACUACUUAACUGUUUUAUCAGUAGUCUAAGUAACUAUUGUAAAUGUGCCUUACAUACAAAUGUCUUAUCUAUAACUGGCCAUAUUUCUUUAGGUUAUCGUUAUCAUUCGCGUGUACUCAGUGUCUUUUCUUUCUUUAAAUCUUAAACAAUUUUUUCCGCGCAUAUAUCCAUGAAUUUCUAUUUUAUCGCUAGAUAUAUAAAUAAUGAAUAGAAUCUCAGCUUCCUUUAUUCUGUAAUAUGUAAAACGUCAUCCAGUUCGAAAAACAUUUCACAAAUGUUAAAAAAAGCAAUGAAAAUAAUUUUCUUCAUAAAUAAUAACCUUGAAUGACGCAAGUUAGUUUGUUCUAUUAGAGUUCCCUUGGAAAAACUUUCUAUCCUUCUAACUAUUGCUUAUAACUUGUUUUAACUUCAUUUGGUUUUUUGUGCCUUCUUAUUUUAAGAAUUGAUGGGAUAAAAAAGGAGUAAAUACGACUUACUUUUCAAGAUUCUUCUUUGAAACAAAAUAAUUCAUGUCGAUGAGCACACACAAACACAUUAGUUGAGACAUACCAUAUAUAUAUAUAUAUAUAUAU